UCACGAUGGUUAUUCGGAACUCUUAUAUUACUAAACAAAAGCUUAUAUUACUUAACGUUAAUACAAUUUAACUUAUAAUUAUUUAAAUAAAAAUGUCGAAAGAAUAUAAACGAUUCUCCUUUCGGAUGAGCGGAUUUGGAUUCAAUCGCCGAAUAAGCAACAAACAAAAAAUGGUACGAACUUAUCAGCCCACAUAUCAAUUGAAUCCAAGAAAACGCUUCAAUAUUGAGAACGUUGAAAAAAUCUUAAAGCGUAUUGUGAAUUCAGAACUUGCUGAUGUCGAAUAUAGCGAAAAACUUAUUCCAGAUCUUUGUAUUAGUUUAGCGGAAAAUAUCAGGACGGCGAUAAAAGAAGAAAAUUAUGACAGAUACAGAAUAAUCGUAGCAGUAACUAUGGGCCAGAGAAGACAGCAAAGUGUCCACAUGUUUCACUCCUUUCUCUGGGACCACGAACGAGAUGCUUUCGCGUCACAUAAUUUUGAAAACUGCCAUAUUUACGCCAAUGUUGUUGUCUAUGGUGUCUAUUUUGAUUGA